AGUGAACAAACCUGUGAAGACAAGAUGAUACAGAACAAGAUUCAACUCGUUGUUUUUCUCGGUGAGUGUUAGUGAAAGAAACUGAUGUCAGAUCAGAGGUUUAGAGCAGCUUAACACUGUUGAUUUUCCUGCAGCAGGAAUCCUGUCCAAGGCUUCAUGUGACCUGGAUCGAAUCGUCCUGAUCAAAGAGCAAAAGACUUGGACAGAAGCCCAAUCCUACUGCAGAGAGAAAUACAUGGAUCUGGCGACGGUUCAGAACGAUGAAGACAGAGCCGAACUAAAGGAGGCAGCAAACGCUGUGAACUUUCAGUCUGUGGCCUGGAUCGGCUUCUACAGAGACAGAAACUGGCGUUGGUCAUAUCAAAACACACCGAUCAGCUAUGUGAUGUGGGAUUCUUCGAAUGCGUUCUUGCCCGACACAACCGAGGCCUGUGUGGCUGUAAGAACCAGCGGAUGGGCUGACAGAGAGUGUACUGACCGAUACGGCUUCUUUUGCCAAACUGACACACAGGACACACUUCAGAACAAGUUUAAGUACAUUGACAUGGUCAUGAUCUGGCAUGAUGCUCAAAUUUACUGCAGAACACACUACGUAGACCUGGCCACCAUUACAGACGACACAGAGAACACAUUCCUCGCAAACAUACUUUCUGACAUGAGCCUCAGCUAUGUUUGGGUCGGUCUGUACAGGAACCUAUGGCUAUGGUCAGAUAAUAGUGUAUUGUUGUCCUCUGUGAAAUGGGAGUCUGGGCAGCCUGAUCUGAAUGGAAUCAAGGAUUGUGUGAAAGCCAGUACUGAAGGACUGAUGGCUGAUGACUCCUGCUCGACUCCACUGCCUUUCUACUGCCGUGAACACAGAAAAAUACAGCGUGUGAGAUUCACAGUCAAAUCAGACGGAGAUCUGGACGAAUCUGCAGUGAUGGAGGCCAUAGAGAAGAAGAUGAAGGAGAUCCUCUCGGAUCAAGACAUGGAAAUCACAUCCAGCAUAAAAUGGAGCAUCCAACCUGACGGGAAGAUCUUCCAGCAGCAGAAAACACAAGAAAACACACAAGAGACGCCAUGUGAGGAGUUAAAUCCAAUGAAACGCUAGACUCUGAUACAAGCGAUAACUUGUCCAAACAUUAAUGAAUCUUUAACGGGAAGGCAUUCAUAAUAAAUGAUAGAUGUUCAACACCAUCACAUGUAAUAAGUACAGUCAAUGCAUGGUAAAUUAUAAAAUAAUGAUGGAAUAUAAAUAUAAUACACAUUAUUUAUUUCAGUUUGGUAUUUGUUUACAAAUAAAUAUUUCAAGAUAUCAGGCAAAAAUUUAGCUUACGUCUAUUAAGUACAGCAAUUUUUCUUUAAUCUAUGUUUGAUAUGCUGUGCAAUCGAUUAGAAAACUGAACUGACUCAGGAUAACACACGAGCACAGCGUCAUGCAGUUAAAUGCUGAGAUUUUCUAUUUCUAUUAAUGAAAA